UUUUUUUUUUUUUUAAGAUUUUAUUUAUUUGACAGAGAGAGCACAAGCAGGGGGAGCGGCAGACAGUGGGAGAGGGAGAAGCAGGCUCCCGGCUGAGCAGGGACCCCGAUGCGGGGCUCGAUCCCAGGACUCUGGGAUCAUGACCUGAGCUGAAGGCAGAUGCUUAACUGACUGAGCCACCCAGGUGCCCCUAAAUUUGAUUUCUUUAAACCAGAGAAGGCCUUACUAAAUCAGGAAGAUUUUUAAAAAUUAAUUAUAAUCAAGGUAGAAUUUAAGUGCUAUAGACCAUAUGCUAAAGGUAGGCUAUUGAUAAGUACACAUAAUUAAACAGAGAGGGAACAUGCUUGGAGCACCUUAAAAGCUAAGGCCCAGAGAAAGGAAUGUGCUGGACAUGCUCAGAGAACGUGAGUGCAGUGGUCAUGUUGGGUAGUAAGUUUCUGGAGGGUGUGGGGAAGAUGUUGAGAAGGUAGGUAGCUCAUCUCUGAGAGAUGUGGGUGACCAGAUGAAGAACUUGGCAUUUAUUUGGUAGCCAAUGGGGAGUCAAUGGGUGAUUUUUGAGCAGAGAAGUGAAAUAUUAUCUCUUCCAUGGACAGUUUCAUUUUAACAGAAAACCCAAAGCUUCUACCUAAAAGGAUUUACUUUUACAUAAUAGGAAUUUAAGGUCAUAGGGCAGGUUAGUGAAGAUUUUUGUGAAAGAACUUUCAAUAGUCUCAAAUUAUACCAUGUAGGCCACUGCUGUCUUAUGACUAGUUAUUUUCCUGUGAUAAUCUGGGGUUAAGUUCAGUCAUUUCACAAAAACCUAGUUGCAACUUUUAGUACCCUGAAAUAGAAGCACAAAGACCUGAAAGGAGGAGAUAAAGGAAAGAAAAAUGGAAAAUGAAGAAAAUGCUUUUUUCUCUUCGGGUACAUUUUAUCUUUUGGAAAAAUUCAAAACGAUGAAUAAACUAAGAUAAGUUUUCAGCAAUGAUAAAACCAUCAGAUGAUUUAAAAGUGAAACAUCUGAAGAAGCAGAAAUUGCGUGAAUAGCCCAGAAACUAAGACCAAUUAAGCAUACGCUGAUUGGAACCUAGAGUAAGUGAUAUAAAUCGGACUGGAAAAAGUAGGGUGUGGUCAAAUUAGACUGGGAGCAUGGAGGAAAAAAACAAUUUUGUGAGCAAUCCAGUUAGAGUAUGUAACAUAUUUUAUACCCUUAGCUAACAAAAGGACUGUAAAUUAUGUAAAUCUAGUGCAUUUAUUUUGAUUAUUCUGCAAUAUGUUGUUUCUUCUUUUCCCAAUCUAUAUAAAUUUAAAAAAGCUUUUUCCUUUUGAUGUAGAUUUCAGAUAUUUUAUAUUUAUGGUUUCAAGGUAUCCUGUUAUUUCUCUUCAUCAGUUUUCUUCUUCUUUUCAUGAUAUCUCUCAUGAAAAUGCAUUUAUUAUUUGUAAGUACAUUAUUAGAGUUUAAUUUUUUACUCUCUUCUAACUUAAAAUUAUAUUUUGGUUUCUGUGAUAGAGGAAAAAAUGAUCCUAAGUGCUGACAUUCCACUCCCUUCUUAGGGUAAGAUUACUCAGCCCUUGUGGUGAUGAGUGCAGUAAGUGAUAGACAUGGCAAGGACAGAGAGCUGGGUAUAAUAAUGAUGGGAUUGAUGAGGUCUAAGGAGCUGUUGAGACAAGAAAGAACCUAGAGGAGUAUGGGAGGAUUUCAGUGACUGCUGGUGGGAAUUGAGGGUGGGGAAAAACUAUUUGUAUAAGCAAUUUUAAGGAAGUUUUGAUUGGGGAUAAAAAGUGUCACACCUAUGACUGAAUCCCUUAAAAAUUUCCAUAAAAGCAUCCUGUGUCCAUUUGUUGCUCUUACAAUCAGAUUUGUGGAUAUGCAAGAGUUUUUCUAAUUUACCAGUGUGUUGAGAUUGGAUUCAAGGUGAGAGGAGAAGAUGGCCCAGUUUUAUUUGGGUUACUUUUUAAAGAAAAAAAAAAUAUCAUUUUUUGGUGAUGAAAACUAUAAAAAGAAGACUUUCUAUAAAAGAGGGUCAUGACAACAGCUAUAAAACAGUGUUUUUCUUCUUUAGUCCCUCUUAAAUUUCUCAUAUCAUUCUAGGGUUCCAGAUUCUGUGCUAUUUGAUGUGUACUCAUGCACUAAUCCUCUCAGUUACCAUCUGGUUCCACCAUUUUUUUUCUUUUCUAGUCAGCUUAGGUGAUGUCUUUGAUAUCAUGGCCAUCAUGUCAUAGAUGACUACUCAAGUCACCACUGGUGAUAUCCACCAAGGUGUAGCUGACUCGACCAUGCUGCCAAAAUCAACUGAAGGUUUUGCCUACUACCUUAUGAAGGGAAUGCCUCUAAAGGUACCAGGGUACUGCCUACGUUUGAUAUCAUACCAUCUCUGACAUUUCCAAUUCCAGAUGUGGCUGCUGGUUGUCCACUGCUCCAACUGUGGAAUCCAUUCUGUUCCCUUGUGGUUUUUACUUUAGUCCCCUCUCUCUACAACACAGUUAUGAGACCAUGGUGAUAGGACAUGCUGGGAGGCAGAGCCAGGCUAGCCUCAGAAAUACUCCCUGGUUUGUUCUGGGAUCUUUCUUAUAGGUCUCAAUGUUCUCUUACCUGAGGCCAUGUUCUGUCAUUAGAGGUGCUUUGGCCCAUCACGUGAGGCUCCUCAAGGUCAUGUUUAGACUCAUCUUAAUCUCAGUGUGGAGUUCAGGCCCUCAUGUCAGCUAGGUGGAUAAUAGUUUUCAUAGUCCUUUCAUUUGUAUUUGCUCCUUGGAGAAAUAAUGCAUAUAUCAUUAGGAUGAUUGGUUUCUGUCUCAUACCCAAUGAAAAUUCUAGUAUUGAUAGGGAGACGUGCUUGUUUCUGUUAUUUAAAUAUCCAUUCAUGUAUUUAUUUGUUGGUUCAUUCAACACAUAUCUAAUUAGUAACUACUAUAUACCAGGGACUGUUCUGGGAUUGAGGACAAACCAGUGACCAAGACAGACAAAGUUUUUCCCUUCUUGGAGUUCACCUUCCUGUGGGCAGACAAAAGUAAACCAACAUAGUGAUUUCAGAUAGCAGUAAGUUCUCUGAAGAAAUACAACCAGAAAGGGAAUUAAGAGUAACGAUGGGCAUAGGUGUGGGGGGACACUCUUUGAGAUAGGGUUAUCCCUCAGGGCAGGCCUCUCAGAGUCUCUGAAACACCAAACUUUUAGUCCUUUUACUUGCAGGUAGUCCCUUCUGGGUGUUAUCAUGAAAUGAGCCGGGGAGGUGAUUAUAUCUGUGUGCUGAGGUCAGAGGUAUCAUUCUUUUUCAAUAAUUUCAGUUCAGAGUCAUUGGCAUAUAAAAGGAAGGAGACACUGUUUGUUUCAGGAAGAAAAAUGGGCUUGACUUUUUUCCAUACAGAAGUUAUUGGUGUUUCCAGUAGUUUCUUCUGCCCCUCCCCCCACCUCCCAAUCUCAGCAUGAUUUUUACCUUCUUACACCAGCACAUACUGCGGCCCUCAUUUAACUACAUGUAACUGUAAUGCAGCAUGUUAUUCAAAUAAACAAAUGCACAAGGCAUUUUCUCAAAGCUUAUAUAGUCUUCCUAACUACUUUGUACAGGUGAGUGUCCUAGGUCACAGAGCUAGUAAUAGUAAUGAGAGCUACUCAGAAUGACUACCUGCUAUGUGCCGGGACAGCUAAAGUAUUUUUACCACAUAUUUGCUCCAAUUUUUCUAGGAGACAAGCAUUAGUAUGCUCAUUAUGUUUUGGAGGAAGUUGAGGUUGGAGAGAUGAAAAGGUUGUCAAGCCACACAAGUAUUGAGCAUAAUUUUGUGCCUGAUUCCCAAACACCAUUCAUUUUCCAUCAAACUAUGAUCAUUCCUAAGGUGAAAUCAGGCCUAUGUAGGUGACCCCAGAACCUCUAUGAUCUGAGUCAUGGAAGAGCAGCAGGUCCAGAAUUCAAACUCAAGUCCCUAGAUUGCAUCGUAUCUAAGAGCAUGGGCUGUGGUGGGGGUCACACAGAUCUCGGUUUAAAUCCCGGCUGCGGAACUUACUAGCAGUGUGACUGUGGGCAAUUUAUGGAGCCUUUCUGAUUCUCAGUUUUCUGAUCUAUAAGUGGGCAUAAUAAACACCUACCUCAAAGGAUUAUUUGGAGGAAUUAAAUAAUGCAUAUUCUGUUUUUAGAGCAAUUUUUGGUGCAUAUGAAGUUCUCAGUACUUUCUAGCCAUUAUCAUUCCAUUUCACUGUGGCAGACCCUACUAUUGCCAUUCUACAGCCAACCACCCACUUCCAUGCAAAGGAAACCACAAUUCUCUGUAGCUGUCAAGCAACCACAAUACCUGACAGACUUGACCCUCUCCCCAUCCCUGGUAGGUAGAUCAUGAUUGGUCUAAGUCAGAAGUUCUCAAAAUGUGGUCCGAGGAUGAGCAGUAUCAAUAUCACCUGGGGACUUGUUAAAAAAGCACAUGUUCAGGGGUGCCUGGGUGGCUUAGCUGGUUAAGCAUCUGCCUUUGACUCAGGUCAUGAUCCCAGGGUCCUGGGAUCGAGUCACGCUUCGGGCUCCCUGCUCAGCGGGGAGCCUGCUUCUCCCUUCCCUCUGCUGCUCCACCAGCUUGUGUUCUCUCUCUCUCAAAUAAAUAAAUAAAUAAAUAAAAUCUUUAAAAAAACCACACAAGUUCAGGCUGUACCCAAGAUCUACUGAAUCAAAAACUCUGGGAAUAGAGCCCAGCAAUCUGUGUUUUCACAAACCCUCUAGGUGACUCUGUUAAAGCUUAAAAACCACUGAUCUAAAACAAUCAUGAUAAUCUUAUUGCCCUUUCCAAUAAUUGGGUUAAGCUUGGCCAUAUGACCCAGUCUUGGUCUAUAGGACUUGGGAAGGAGUCAGCUGGGAAGGGGAAGUGUGCUAAAGUUUUCUUUGCACAUUUAAAGAGGUGCAUUCUUCCUUACAAGAUGCUACUUGUGGUGUAUGGAACACCUGGAAUUAUUCUUGCCACUUUGAAACUAUGAGGAAGAUGUUUCUUAAGAAAGGCAGAGCAGAAAGGUAGAAAGAACUGGGUCUUUGUUAAUGCUGCUGAGCUGCCAAAUUAGCCAAACUCUGGACUUUCCUUUAUGUGCUAUAAUAAAAUUAUUGAUAUGUAAGCUGCUUUUAGUUGGUUUCUUAUUUGCAGUUGAAAACAAACUGUCUGAUAUUCCCACAUAACAGUUGUCUUUGUGUAAACCAGGGCUCUCCGAAAUGUGCAAAGAUUAUGGUGCAUGGAAAAUGUGGGCUUUAAUCACAGUCAUUAUUUAUUUAGUUUUCUUUAAAAUUAUUUAUAUUUAUUUAGUUGUAUUGGUGGUGGAGGGGCAAAGCAUUCAUUUUGUUUUUUUCAUUAGACUCAGGACGAACCAAGAUGUCAGACAGCUCAAUGAAGAGACACUUAGUUGUUCUCAUGUGUCUAACGAUCCGGAUGUUUGGCUUCUGAAAAUGAAAACAUCGAGAGCAUGUUUUCACUUUUCAGCUAGAUUUUGGUAUCGUCUUGAGACCAUUACUAAGAAGAGCCAGGAAUAAAGGGUUUAUGCAAGAAAUAGGAUCACCCUAGAGCAUCAGUGGCAAGCGGAAACGUGCCGUGCCCAGUCUCCAGCCAGAAACUCAGAAGCAGUAACCAGAAAGGAAUCCAGAGCUCUCUAUUCCUGGGCCAGGGCUAUAAGCCCUGGGACACAGAGUCCAAGUAGAACUCCUUAACCCGCAGCCUCUCUGACCACACAGUUGGCAAAGACCCGCAGGCCAUGAGGACUGGUCAAAGACAGUGAGAGGACGUGAAAGGGUAAAUCCCUGUGCCCCGCAGUCCUAUCUCCCGCCCUGACGUCCCUGCACACCGGCCAGAGGGUUAACCGUAAGCGCUGCCUGUAUGGCCGCUUUACUGAUGCCACGCAGGAACAAAGGGAUGAGGACCCGCCUGGGAUGCCUGUCUCACAAGUCAGACUCGUGUAGCGAUUUCACAGCUAUUCUUCCCGACAAACCCAACCGUGCUCUAAAGAGACUAUCCACAGAAGAAGCCACGAGGUGGGCAGAUUCCUUUGACGUGCUUCUGUCCCAUAAGUAUGGGGUGGCUGCAUUCCGCGCCUUCUUGAAGACAGAGUUCAGCGAGGAGAACCUGGAAUUCUGGCUGGCGUGUGAGGAGUUCAAGAAGACCAGGUCAACUACAAAGCUGGUCUCCAAGGCCCAUAGGAUCUUUGAAGAGUUUGUGGAUGUGCAGGCUCCGAGGGAGGUAAACAUAGACUUCCAGACCCGAGAAGCCACGAGGAAGAACAUGCAGGAGCCAUCCCUGACUUGCUUUGACCAAGCCCAGGGAAAAGUACACAGCCUCAUGGAGAAAGACUCUUAUCCCAGGUUCCUGAGGUCCAAAAUGUACUUAGAUUUGCUAUCCCAAAGCCAGAGGAGGCUCAGUUAGACCUCAGAUGGGGACUCUUGGAGAUCACUGGCUUUUCCCCUCCCUUUGCUGCCAAGACCAUAUUCUAACGUGAAAUGUGAUAGGUGUUCAAAAAGCAAUGGCAUUUAGGUUGGGAGCCUGGGAAUGAGAAAUGGAUGAAAGGCCAUUCCAAAGUAAGAUCCAGUCACCAGAGCUUGGACUCUAUUCCAUUUAUCCAUGUUUGUGUUUCGGUUAGUGGUAGAACCUUGCUGCUUUACCCUUCUUCUGGGUCAGCGACUUGCCCUCCAUAAUGCCUUGGGUCAUCUCCACUGAGAAGGCAGAUUUGCUAGCUGGGCUAAUAUGUAAAUAAUGCAAAUGCAAUUUCCGCCACUUCCAUACCCUCCUCAGUUAAGAUUCCUGACUCUAACUUGUACUAUACCCCUGUGAGGAAGAGCUAGAAGACUCUGGCUCAUGUUUGUGAUUUGCUGUCACAAUGUAAUGGCCAGUCCUGCGUGCUGGGACCUCACAAUGUAGGAGAGAGGUCUCUGGGGAAUCCCAGGUUUCUAGCACUGUCAUUAACAGGUGGCCCUGGGAGAAGGGGCAAACUCCAUGAGGUUGGCUAUUUCUUCCAUUUCCACUGGACCAGUAUGAAAAGCUGUGAUUACUGCCCAUCUUAGCCUAGGAAAUUCACAAGACUUUUUUUACCCUCGCAAUUCCAGGAAGGGUCUUGGGAGAUAACUUUCAUGACUUCUGAUGUGGAGCUGCUUUUAAGAAAGAUACAGCUUGCAAAUCUUCCUCGAUUCUACCAAGAAGUAUUCCGGAAGUCAAAUGACCAGGGAACAUAGCACCAGUAGACUUUUGUGCAAUGGGGCACCAUAUAUCCUUUCUGUUGCUUACUGUAUUCUCUGCCCUCACCUCCCUGUGGCAUCACACAUCACUGAUCUCUUAGAAUGACAGACAGCUUGACAAAGGGAGGUGAAUUCCCCUAGCAUGGACAGCUCUCAUGGUGCCUAAUACUUUCCUUGUCUCUCCCUGUCCCCCCUUCCAUGCAGGUCAUGUAAUUAUGAUGGGGGAGAAUGGGAACUUAGGUUGUAACUCUUCAGCUUGCUUCCUGGGAGCAUGCUUUCUUAGAAAGGUCUCUCUCAUGAGGGCCACCUUGGCUAUUCAGCAACUUCUUUCUUGAUCUCUGACCUUUUGGGAUUGAACAUGGAACAGGAGGUGAGGCUAAGAUCACUGUGAACAUCUGGCUGUGGAGAAUCUUCCUAAAAUGCUUUCAUGGUACCCUGAGGCUGCUUUUGGAACUGUGUCAGGAAACUCUUCCUUGGAGGAUGAGCAUAAAGCACUCUAGCUGCCUGAGAAAAAGUGGACUUUGGCACAAGUUUGCAGUGCCUGGGAUGUGAAUCCUCAGCAGAGAGACUGGAAAGUGGAAGAGGAGUCUGGAAGAAGCUGGUCUCCAGGUGGACCAAAUCAUAGAGAAUGUGGUGGAGGUACUACUGGGAUAAUUCACAGCCAGUGCAUUUGGAUUCAUUGCAGAUCUCCAAAACUUUCAGCUUGACUAAAUGAAAGAGCUAUGAUUAGGCACAAGCUCUGGAGUUUAGGUGAUUGAGAACUGGGCUGCAUUCUCCCCUUGUGGGGUGAUGGGCCUCUUUAGAUACACUUGCUGGGAUUCCAGCAUUUGCAUUCCUGUCCAGUAACUUUGUGAAUCUCUUCCUUCUUUGGCUGCAGCUAGACAAGGUCAAGGAGGCUCUUGAGUCCCACUGGUGUUAGGGUCCAUUGCCCUGCCACAACACAUUAUAUCUGUAAGCGAGGGUUGGUGAGUCUGUCUGAACCAUCAAAGAGAGAGAGAACACAUGCCUCCUAGCCCUCACACUGAAGCAUCCUGUGAAAUCUCAUGUUCAAGAACUCUGAAGCCUCAAAUGGGUGUUCCUAGUUAGAUCAGGUAGUAUUCCCCUGCCCCCACGGGUAAAAAACCAUUCUUAGCUAAAGCUGCCAGAAUUAAUUUAAUGAUCAAAUUUUGAACAGGGUAUUUUAAACAUUGUUUACAUAUGAAACGUGCAUCUGCUGCCAACUCUACUGUCGAAUAGGAAGUGCUUGUAAAUUGGAACAGCACAGAGUUAUGGAAAAAUGAAAUGUUUAAGAGGGGCCUUUUUACCACUUCCACUAUCCCCAGGAGAAGUCUGCACAAGAGUGUUGGGCAGUGGCCUCACCUGAGGCCUGGAGUUCUUGCCAACCGUUUGUGGAAUGAAGGCUGCAGAUGGUGGUGUCGUGGCGCUGGGUGACUUCCUCCCACGAUGGGGAGGUGUGAAGGACCAAGCUUGGGUAUCGUGAAUUUUGCCGCUAUGGGAGGGCAUGUGGGCGUGUGUCUGUGUGUAGAGGAAUGUGAUAGCUAUAUUUAUGUUACUCCCGUGGAGUGUCUGCGUGCGUGCGUGUGUAUGUGACCAUUGUGAGCAUGAGGCCAGUACCCCACAGAGAUGGUCUUCCCAUGGGGUGGAGCUGUCCUCACACCCUUUCUGUCCUGCUUCCCACCAAAGGCACAGAGCUCUCUGCUCUGAUGCCUAUGUUCAGGCACUUAGGUCAUGCCAAGCCAGAUUUUGGUCUGUGAUGAAACAAAGAGAAAUGUUUACAACACCUAGAGCAAUAUCAAAGCAUACCUCAUCCCUGACCUUCCAUGUCUCCUAGUCCUACCCUCUCUCCUAGUUCCUCUUCUACGGACCCUCGUCCGCCUCACUAGGUGGGCAUCUGCAGGUGCCACUUCUUCCGUGUAAGGUCUUCCUUUGGUCCUCAGGCCGGGCUCGUGCUGUGGACUGCCUUCCAGGCUCGAGGCUUGCUCUGGGCCUGGGCCCUUUGAAGACCCAGGGAAGCCAGGGCAGUGGGCCAGGCAGAGCUGCGAUUCUUAGGAUUGCUCUUCACCCAGCAAGUGGCCUUUUGGCCCUACUUGAGUGUCAACCUGUUUUUAGGCUGGUGUGAGAUUACCUGUUGCCUUCGGCAAACCAAAUAGAACCUAAUUAAUGACAACCAUUCAUAGCCCCAGGCGCCCGUGGGGUGAGCAUGCCCAGCAUCCUCUGAGCGUGCCCAGGGCUCACUGGGAGAGCCUGUUACAAGUGCUAAUUCCCAGGUGGCACACCCAGAGAUGCUGAUCCAAAAGACCUGGGGGGGGGGACCCAGAAAUGCACAGCAUCCCAGGUGGCACAGCAUCCCAGGUGGCACACCCAGAGAUGCUGAUCCAAAAGACCUGGGGGGGGGCACCCAGAAAUGCACAGCAUCCCAGGUGGCACAGCAUCCCAGGUGGCACACCCAGAGAUGCUGAUCCAAAAGACCUGGGGGGGGGCACCCAGAAAACUGCAUUUUUAAUAUGUUCCCAUGGAGUAGUAGGCUUUGAAAGAAGAUGGUCUGAGACAGUGGCUCCCAGCAUUGGCUUCUCCUUGGAAUCACGUGGGGAGUUUUCAGACCUAAAUGUCCUGGUCCUACCCCAGAGCACCUUGGGGCUGGGACCCAAGACAGCAGUCAUUUUUAAAGCACCCCCGGUGAUUGCCCAUGCGGAUGAGGUUAGGAAGCACCGGCCUGGGGAGUGGGGAGCAGUAUGGCUGAGCUUACCCAGCGGCAGGGCCUAGGGGGCUGGAGAACACCCAGAGGCGAACUGGCACAAUGACCAGGAACCUGCCGGCCCUGAGUCAGACUCUGGGUGCCCCUUUGAGAUAAUGUUUCUGCCCCAGCUGCAUGGGGCGUGAGGCAGUGGGUAGGCCGAUGGUGGGCAGCUCUGGAGGGUAUUUGAUUCAGAGAGGCUUUGCCAUGCAUCCGAGUCUCAUUCGUAGUGCUUCCUCCAAGCUGGCCUCCUGGGCUUCUCCCUCGUUUGUGUGUGUUCAUGCACUCUGUGUUUGGCCAUUUGCAUUAGGUUGUGCCUCUGUGUCCAAGGCCUUGCGACAGGGUAGCUGGAACUCAGGUGAUGGGCGAAGGGUGUGUCCCAUCCUGGGAAUAUCAUGCUCUUCGGGACUUUCUUUUCCAAGGCCACAGUGGGGUUUCAGUUCCUGCUCUAAGCCCUCAUGAUUCCCUCUUUGGUCUCAGGCUGGAUGGGCAGCUGGAAGGUUCCUAGCUGAUUUUCUUCUCUGGUGCUCCCCCCAGAAUUUGUGCUCUGAACAAACCAAAGCUGGGAAAUGGUGUUCUGCCCAGGCUGUAGGCCCAGCCUCUGGGUGCAGGGAGGGCCUGGGUGCUUUUCUUCAGCAGGGCCGAGGUGUCCCCAUAGCCCGGGCCCUGGACUGUGAGGGAAAGACCUGAACCCAUUGUGUUGAGAGCUGGGGGACGGUAGGAGUGGGGAAGACUGAAGAGGAAGGAACAGGGUGGGAAAGACAAGCAGCUGACGUGGCGUCUGCUUUUCCACCAAGCAGAAGGGACAGGUGAAAAGCGGCACAUUCAGAGGCAAGAUGGCUCCCAUCGACAUGAGUGCCCGGAACUCUCCGGACCCUGUCUGUGCCUACUCCCAAGCAAAGCAGAGGAAUUUCAUUUUCCAUCUGACACUGUCCUGCAGUCGGCUGAGCGUCAGCCCUCUUUAAAUAUGUGUCUCUCCGGAUUGGAAGCAAGAGAGGCAGCAAAGUCACCCCUGCCGUUGAGAACCUGUGCUGCUUGGCAUGAGAUCGUGGAGGAAGAAGCCAAGAGCAGAAAUGUCUUCCUGUGCCCGUGGCCUCUCAGGACCCCACAGGGUGCUGUGGACCGAUAUGGGAGACUGCAAGACGGCACCACUGGCCUUCCCAGGCGUGGGGUCCAGGCCCUCUCAAUAAACUGUGCCCUUGUUGGUUGUUACUCCUGUUGGACCCUUCUGCGGCCUUCCCUCUGCUGCGUGCGGGAAAAGGUGGCUGGGCUCGGCGUGCCCCCCAGCCACGGCAGCAUAGCUGAGUCCCGUGGCGUGCACAGGAGAUUCGUAGCAGCUCAUCUGCCAUAUAAACCGCUUGGCUGGUGGAGUCCUCAUUGAGUUGUUUCAUUACUGUGCAAAGUGGAAUAAUGUCAUUCACCUUUGCUAUAAACAAGGCUGUGAGAACAUAAUAAACAGAACCUGAACGCGCUGCCCUUCACUCUCUGCCCACAUUUCUGGCCAGCUGACUCUUUAUGAGGAGACGCUUCACAUAACACAUGGCCUCCCCCCAGGGGGCACGUGGCUUCACCAGGCAAGGACUGGCACAGGGCGGGCCAUGGGGAAAGGCAGCCACGUGGGUGGAAUUGGGGUGGCAAGGGUUUGGGGUUGUGCGGGGGUGGAGAGUGACUUUGGGCAAUGAGGGUGGCUUUGGAACUGUAACGUGCUAUACAAAUAUGAGGUGGUGUUUUUAUUAGUACCACCUACUGCUUGAAAUGCAGGGGGAGAAAAGGCUGAGGGAUGGUUUAUAUAUUUGUUCAGCUGGAGCAAUCUGAAAAUGGAGUGGGUUGAUCCUGCUUAUGACUGCACUUCACUUUUUACAGUCAGCAUGUCCCUGAAAAGUGUGCUUUAGUCAUCAAAUCUUUGAGUGUCUCUGGUGAUCGGGUCCCGUGGAGAGGGCUGAAGGAGAAUAAGGUGUAGUGUCUGCUCAUCAAAGCUCAUUUGUCAGGUGUGGGGAUAAGAUAGAGAUAUAUAAAAUCUUAAUAAUAAUCUUAAUAAUACAAAUAAUUAAAAUGCACAAGAGAAGGUCUAUCUUUAAAGGAAAGCUGAUGUUUCUUCAAAGGUGAAUGCUUUGGGUUAAAUGAAAAAGCCUUCUGUGACGCAAAUAACGGCUUCCAAAUUCCAGUUUGGUGGACUGGGCUAUGAGUGGUAGCAGCCUGGGCUGGUGCAGACAGGACGCUGUUGUUGGGGAGGGCGGGUGACUGGUUCCUCUCUUUCCAGCCUCUCUCUUCCACGCCCCCCACCCCUAUUGCCACUUGGGUUUCUGUCCCCUCCAGGACUGAGAAGAGCGGAGAAGGAGGAGAGGGAAGGGAACAAGGGGAUCCUACCUGACAUGCAUGCCUUCUGGGAUAGGCCUCAGGCUCUCUGGGCCUGGGAGA